AUGCAUGUGAACAUUUCAACCCUCGCCGUCGCGGCGGCUCUGUUCGCCACACCCCUCGUUUCUGCUCUGAGUGCCGAAAGUAUCCCGUCCGAUCUUCCUGUCUCCGAACUCCUGUCCUCGGCGCAAUCCCACCUGUCCAGGGGCGAGACAAGCGACGCGCUCCUCUACUACGAUGCCGCUGUGGCCCGCGACCCCUCCAACUACCUCACGUUCUUCAAGCGUGCCACCACCUACCUCUCGCUCGGCCGAACUUCACAGGCCACCGAAGACUACAACAGGGUACUGUCCCUGAAGCCUGACUUCGAGGGCGCACACAUCCAGCUCGCCAAGAUCCGCGCUCGAAGCGCCGACUGGGAGGGCGCAAAGGAACACUACAAGCUGGCCAACAAGGAUGCCGCCUCGCCCGAGCUGGCGGCCCUCGACGAGGCUCAAGGGGCAGCUCAGCUGGCCGAGGCUGCCGAGAGGGCAGGCGACUUUGAGACCUGCGUCCACCAGGCUGGAGAGGCGAUCAUGACGGCGAACCGGGCUGUGUACCUGCGCGAGCUGCGCUCGCGCUGCCGUUUCGCGCGGGGUGAGGUGGAGGAGGGCAUGGGCGAUCUGCACCACAUCCUCCAGAUGAGGCCCGGCGAUACGGCCCCCCACGUUACCAUCUCGGCCAACACGUUCUACGGCCUCGACGACCUGAACAACGGCAUGGCUCAGAUCAGGAAGUGCCUGCACUCGGACCCGGAUUCGAAGCCCUGCAAGAAGAUGCUGAAGCAGCAAAAGGUCAUCGACAAGACGCUGGCCAAGGUGGCCAAGGCCUUUGAGAAGAACCAGCCCAUGACGGGCGUCAAGAUGUUGAUCGACAAUGGCGAAGACGCGGGUCUGAUCACCAACAUCAAGUCGCAGGUGGAGGAACUCAAGCAGGAUGGUACCAUUCCAGCGAACGCACCAUCGGCGCUGUACAUGAGGGUCGUCGAAUUGGCAUGCGAGGGUUACUACGAGAUGAACAGCAAGAAGACGAAGCAGUACUGCGACAACGCCCUGGCCCUAAACGAACAGUCCUUCUACGGUCUCCUCCACCGUGCGCGCGAGCAGAUGGACAAGGAGGAAUUCGAGGACGCCGUCCGGACGCUCGAGGAGGCCAAGAACGUCAAGCCCGAGAAGCAGAACAUUGUGCGCCCGCUCCAGCAGAAGGCCCAGAUCGCCCUCAAGCGCAGCAAGACAAAGGACUACUACAAGGUUCUCGGCGUCACCAACGACGCCGACGCGCGCCAGAUCAAGUCGGCCUACCGCAAGCUCUCCAAGCUGCACCACCCCGACAAGGCGCACAAGCAGGGCCUCACCAAGGAGGCGGCCGAGAAGAAGAUGGCCGCCAUCAACGAGGCCUACGAGGUCCUCAGUGACCCCGAGCUCCGCGAGCGCUUCGACCGCGGCGACGACCCCAACGACCAGGAGCAGCAGCGCGGCAACCCCUUCCAAGGCAGUCCCUUCGGCCACCCGUACAUGCACCAACAGGGCCCUGGCGGCGGCGGCAGCCAGUUCAAGUUCCACUUCGGCGGCGGCGGCGGCGGCUUCCCCUUCUGA